AGUAACCCAAACAAGAAACCCCCUCCCCCCCUCUCUCUCUCUCUCUCUCUCUCUCUCUCGAUUUGGCGUUCCGCAUAGCAGAGCUUCCGAGCGACGAUUAGCUUCUUCGCUCAUCGAGGUUUGGUCUUGAUUCUCCGAUACUGUCUCGCUGGAAUUCCUGAAGAUGCGACGUUCUGCAUCCAGGAAAACGGGUCAACCAAAUUCGACGUCGUCGGCCAAUUCUUUACCCACCGAUAUCUUCCGCUCCGCCUCAAGUAAAGCAACUUCAAAAGAGUUGGAACGAAUUGAUAACCUAUUUCAUUCAUAUGCAAAUAGGUCUUCUGGUAUGAUUGACCCAGAGGGAAUUGAAACUCUUUGUUCGGAUAUGGAAGUAGAUCAUACUGAUGUGAGGAUCUUGAUGCUUGCCUGGAAAAUGAAAGCGGAAAAACAGGGAUAUUUUAUCCUGGAAGAGUGGCGAAGAGGCCUUAAAGCACUGAGGGCUGACACUAUAAAUAAAUUAAAAAAGGCACUCCCAGAGCUGGAGAAAGAGGUUAAGAGGCCAUCGACCUUUAUGGAUUUCUAUUCCUAUGCAUUUCGAUAUUGUUUAACAGAGGAGAAACAAAAGAGCAUAGAUAUAGAGAGCAUAUGCGAAUUAUUGGAUCUUGUUUUAGGCUCCCAAUUUCACGCACAGGUCGACUUGUUUAUUCAGUAUUUAAAGACUCAGAAUGAUUACAAGGUCAUAAACAUGGACCAAUGGAUGGGCUUCUACCGCUUUUGCAAUGAGAUAAGCUUUCCGGACCUUAGUAAUUAUGAUCCUAACCUUGCUUGGCCCUUGAUUCUGGACAAUUUUGUUGAAUGGUUGGAAGCAAAGCAGAGCUAAUUAAUAUCCCUGCUGUAAACCAAAAUUGUUGUUGAAGUAGUUCACUGUUAUGUUUGCAGGACCCCUCGGACUACACACGUCAAAGGCCUGAGGAUUUCCUCUCUUUUCUUUUUUUUUUUUCUCCAUUUACUUUUAAACAUAAAAUUCAUGGCCUAGCUCCCCCCACCUUUGGAAGCUACUUGUUUGUGUUACAGAUAAUGCUUAAGAAAGUCUUGAUAUAUUUUUUGUUCA